AGAGAGAGAGAGAGAGAGAGAGAGAGAGAGAGAGAGAGAGAGAGAGAGAGAGAGAGAGAGAGAUCUUUCCCUUUGUACGGACGCUCGCACAAACAUCAUCUGAGAGAGAGAGAGAGAGAGAGAGAGAGAGAGAGAGGCGCCGGCAUGCCCGGCAGCUCCGGCUAGCUCACAUGAGGCUCCUAUCGUGGUAGGAGCUAUGGAAGACAGCAAGCAGAGAGGAGAGGGGAACAAGAGUGGCCCAGUCCUGGGGAUUGAUCUGGGGACCUCGUUCUGCGCUGUGGCAGUCUGCACGAAGAAUGGCGUCGAGGUCGUUCCGUCCAGUCAAGGUCAGCGAACCGUUCCAUCGUACGUUGCCUUCCCUCCAACGGGAGUUCUUGUCGGGGAAACUGCGAGGCAGCACGGGUUGAGCUCACCGGAGGAUUGCGUGUACGAGAUUAAGCGGCUGAUGGGGCGGUCCUUCCUGGACCCACGCGUUCAGGAGAAGAGCAAGAUGUGGCCGUUCACGCUAGUGUCGGGUCCGCGCAAUGGAGUACUCAUCCAGCUUCCCAGUGGUCGGGUGAUUGAGCCGGAGGAGGCGUCUGCCAUCUUGCUGAAGGAGAUGAAGCGGAUUGCCCAGGAUUACGUUGGCGGCGGCGGCGUGGAAAUCAAGGAUGCGGUCAUCACGGUUCCCGCCUAUUUCAACGACAGUCAGCGGCAAGCGACGAGGGCGGCAGGACAGCGCGCCGGUCUCCAUGUCCUGCGACUGGUGAGCGAACCGACGGCGGCGGCUAUGGCGUACUGGCAUCAACGAAAAUUAGGCUUCCGAUGCGACGGGAAGAAGAUAAUGGUCUUCGAUCUGGGCGGGGGAACCCUCGAUGUGUCUAUUAUCACGAUGAAGCGUAGGGAGGACGACUGGUAUGACUGCCAAGUGAAUAUGGUAGAGGGGGAUCAGCACCUAGGGGGUGCCGAUUUCGACAACAGGAUAAUACAGCAUGUGACGAAGGCGUUUAAGGAGAAGAACCAGCACGAUAUCCUUCAGGACAAGAAGGCGCUGGCGGGUCUCAAAGCGCUGGCUGCAAACAGGAAGCACAUUCUUUCCGCGGACGAAGACACGGACAUCUGUUUGUACCGCCCCAGCGGAGAGCUCCGCAUGCCGUUAGAGAGGGUUACGUUCGAGCAGCUGAACGAAGAUCUCUUCUCCACGUGUAUGCAUGUUGUCGAGAAGGCACUCGAUAACGCGAAAAUGAGGAAGGCGGAUAUCGCCGAGGUUGUCUUGGCGGGAGGAUCGACUCGGAUUCCCAAGGUGAGGGAGCUGCUGGCGCGGUAUUUUGGAAAAGCCCCCGUGAUGACGGUGCAUCCCGACGAAGUUGUGGCAUAUGGGGCGGCGGUUUACGCAUCGAUCCUCAGUCAGAGCGUCCCCCCUCACAGCAAGCUGGAGCUCCCGGACAUGCCGAUGCACGUCAUCGACGUGACACCGUUCAGCAUAGGCGUCGAACUCGCGUCGGACGAGCUAGGCGUUUUGAUCGCCAAGAACACGCCUCUUCCCGCCAAAGCGGAGAAGAUGUUCUUGUUGUCGCACGACUACCAGACGAGCAUGCGCUUCACGAUGUACGAAGGCGAGCACGCGUUGUGUAGCCAUAAUCGACAUUUGGGCGAGCUCAAGCUGACGGGAUUCAAGCCAUCGCUUGCGGACGGCACGCCGGUGACACGUGUCAUCAUCUCAGUGGAUCGGGACGGCAUCGUUGAGGUUUCGGCUGAAGCAACUGGAAAUCAUAGCAAGCCGGGAAAGACAGCGAUGGCGUCCUUCGUGGGCACGUUCGACAAGGAGAGCGCUCACAGCAUGUUUCGUCCUCCACCGUCGGAUAUUGACGAUGCGGCGAUCAAGGCGGCUUUCAAUGCACGGCGCCAUUUACAACAAGCGGCGUGGAGGAUGAGGGGAAGCACCCCGCCUCCGCGAGAGUCGGCAAUGAACAGAAUUAAUGAAGUUCUCGAGUCGCUCCGCCUUGAGAGUCGUGUCCAGACCGUCAAUGAAUACCACAAACUUCUCCUUGACCUGAAGCAGCUUGGCCUGUAAAACCUGCUUCAGCACAAGGAGAUGGAUAUCGAAUGACAUCUCGGUUCCAGUUGUCCUCCGACUGCUCCUUGCUACUGCCAUCCCUUACACUUGCGCCUUUUCAC